GCCGGGGCGCAGCAACGCCCCCCGCUAUAAAUCGCGAGCGCCCCGCUUGCAGCCGGUCGCAGCGCCUGCCAGUCGGGGCCCGGCUCGGAGCUCUGCCAGCCGCGGGGUGCAGCCCUCGGACCCCCGGACCAGAGCCGCGCGCCCUCCUCCCCGGCCGACGUGAGCGCGGCGCCCCGGGCCGGCUUGGAUUUGUUGCCAGAUUCAUCUCGGAGGAAUCAUGGAAGCCGUCCCAUGAGCUCUGCAGCCAGGUGCAUUUGGUGAUCGUGUCUGAGGAUAAUUCGCCCAGGAAAUCAAAAUGAUGCUCAACGCCUCCACCGAAGAUGGCAUUAAAAGAAUCCAGGAUGACUGUCCCAAAGCCGGGAGGCACAAUUACAUAUUUGUCAUGAUCCCCACCCUGUAUAGCAUCAUCUUCGUGGUGGGGAUAUUCGGAAACAGCUUGGUGGUCAUCGUCAUCUACUUUUACAUGAAACUGAAAACCGUGGCGAGUGUUUUCCUCUUGAAUUUGGCACUGGCCGACUUGUGCUUCCUCCUGACCUUGCCCCUCUGGGCCGUCUACACGGCGAUGGAAUACCGCUGGCCUUUCGGCAAUUCCCUGUGUAAGAUCGCCUCGGCCAGCGUCAGCUUCAACCUCUACGCCAGCGUCUUCCUGCUCACCUGUCUGAGCAUCGAUCGCUACCUCGCCAUCGUCCACCCCAUGAAGUCCCGCCUCCGGCGCACCAUGAUGGUGGCCAAGGUCACCUGCAUUGUCAUCUGGCUGCUGGCCGGCCUGGCCAGCUUGCCCACGGUCAUCCACCGGAACGUGUUCUUCAUCGAGAAUACCAACAUCACCGUGUGCGCCUUCCACUACGAGUCCCAGAAUUCCACCCUCCCCAUAGGGCUGGGGCUCACCAAGAAUAUCCUGGGCUUCCUCUUCCCGUUCCUGAUCAUCCUCACCAGCUACACGCUCAUCUGGAAGGCCCUGAAGAAGGCCUACGAGAUACAGAAGAACAAGCCGAGGAACGACGAUAUUUUCAAGAUCAUCAUGGCGAUCGUGCUCUUCUUCUUCUUCUCCUGGGUGCCCCACCAGAUAUUCACCUUUCUGGACGUCCUGAUCCAGCUGGGCAUCAUCCACGACUGCCGGAUCGCUGACAUCGUGGACACGGCCAUGCCCAUCACCAUCUGCAUCGCUUAUUUCAACAAUUGCCUGAAUCCGCUUUUCUACGGCUUUCUGGGGAAGAAGUUUAAGAAAUACUUCCUCCAGCUUCUGAAGUACAUCCCCCCGAAGGCCAAGUCCCACUCAAACCUGUCGACAAAAAUGAGCACGCUCUCCUACCGCCCAUCCGAUCCUGGAAGCUCCUCUUCCAAGAAGCCAGCCCCCAGGGUUGAGGUGGAGUGAGGCCAGGGGUGCGGUGGGAGGAGCACCAGAAAAGGCCCUCCGCUCCCAAAUGAGCCCAGCAGCUCUCUCUCCCUUUCCAGAAGAUCCUGGACUAGGUGGACUGAACCGAUGUUUCCAAAGCUCUGAACAAAUGCUCCGUUUUUUUCUUCUUAAAAUCAAACAGAGCCACCAUGCCACAUUCUGUGCGAUGCGGGUGACAGCCACUCCCAGGACUUGUGGGGAUGUGAGCGAGUGUGUGGAUUUGGACAUCUGCACUGGCGGGCAGAAACGCAGCCUCCCCCCUCACUCCUGCUCCGUCACCCUUGGUCCUGCAUGAAGGUGCUUCAAAUGCAUGAAUCCUUCCCAGCUGCCUCUCUUACACUCUUCCUCGUCGUCAUCCCCGCCUGAUCUUGUUCCCUGGAGCCCCCACAUCUUAACUUGUGCUGUGCCCCCACUGUGUACUCGAUUUCUCUCCCCAUGGCCCCUUGGGAAUAUUCUGGGAGUCUUUGAAUCUUCAUCUGACCCCCAGUUGAGAAACGUUCCUUUAGAAUUAAUUAUAGGAGACCAGAACUGAAGAUGUCCCCAUCCCAAAGGCACUAGAGGUUUUGUGCCCAGUUUUCGUGCUCGUAGUAAGGUGACCCUCUCAUUCCUGCUAUUAUUAGUCACUUGGUCCCAAGGCUGCCUAAAGACUAGUUAUCACAUUCCAGGAACUUUUGUGAAACUCCACCUGUGUCUUAUAUAUAUAGGUUCACUCCCCCUUUAUUGCAAAUGCUUGAUUUGUGUGAUGAGGCUAUGACAGUGAUGUAUAAAAGCUCAUCUGAAGAUAAAGCUGUCCUCUGGUCCCAGGUAGUCGUAUAUUUCCUGUGAAAUUAGUUAUAUUUUAUAUCUGAAGAGUAUCUAUAUUUUGUGUGUAAAAAAUUAUAUAGCAUCAAGUUUGUUUUAUUGUUUUCAAAAGUAUGUAUUUUACCUAUGUAUGUAUGUGUAUAUCUUUAUCUUUAAACUAUUGUUACUUGAUUAAAAGCUGGCAAGGUUCUAUUUACAUUAAAA